AUGGAUCUGAAGGUGGUCUGUGCACUCUCCAUCACCCUCAUCAUAGCCCUCAGCACCCUGGCAGAGGGAGUUGCACCUCCAUCAAAAUGCCAGUGUAAAGUGGUUCCCAGGGAGAGGACAAACUGUGGCUACCCGGGGAUCUCAGCAGCAGAGUGCAAGAAAAUUGGGUGCUGCUUCAACGCUUCAGUCCCCAGUGUCCCCUGGUGCUACAAUCCUAAGCAAAAGAAAGUCAAGAAAAUAUGUCCCAGCGACCCCUACCACAGGAUAAACUGUGGUCACCCUGGCAUCAAGCCCAGGGAGUGCACAAGGAAGGGCUGCUGCUUCAGGGCACACCCUGCUGGGGUCCCCUGGUGCUUCUACCACCGCACCGUGGAGGAAGGUAAUGUCCCACAGGAGAUGUCCUCUGUGUCCCUGUGGAUGCUCCACAGCUCCUGGCACUGGCCCUGCUCUGCCCAGGCUUGGUGUGCUGUGCCAGCCAGAGAAUCCUAAGGGUGUGAGUAGGAAAAGGGGGCUAAACCCUAAAAA